AUGGAUCCAAAAAACUAUGUGGAAAAAGAGGCGAAGGGCGAAGUGAAGCAGAAUGCUUGGUGCGAGCAGGUGGAGCGUGCAAUUGAGUUUGUGAAGGAUCCGCGUUUAAGGGAUCAAGCCCUUUGUCGGAUGGCAUGGAAAGCGAUCGCUGAUGAGGCCGAGAAGGUGAAGAAGGAGCAGGAGUUGCAGAAAGCAACUGAAAAGGUUCGCCACUGCAUGGUGAAAAAAUUGCGAAAAGCCGUUGUGAAUGCGUACAAGGAGGCCAUUGGUGAUGAAGAAGGAGCAGAGGAGCUGUUCGAAAAAGAAGAUGAGACGAAAGAAAAGCUAAAAAGCCAAACUCGACCACUAUCACAUGCACGAAUUGCUGAGAACAAACACUGA